AUGGGGGAAACUGGGCUCCCCAGGUUGGAAGCUACCUUUAUCACCCGGAUCCUCUUCCCCCUGCUCUUCUUGCUGCUCCUGAUGUGGCCCCUGUCUGGGCAAGGCAGCCCCAUCUCCCUGGCCCCAGAGAGGCAUCACCCUGCUCCCGGGCUGAGGGACAGCCACAGGGGAGUCAUAGACACAUCUCUGUUGGAGCAGGACAAUGAUGUGGACAUGCAGAGCCUGCUGGUGAAUCUGAGAGGCCAGUUUCUCCGGACCUUCAACCUGUCUGGCCUGGGCCCUCCUGCCCAGCCACCUGGCAGUGCCCGUGUGGAGCCUCCUGAGUACAUGAUGGAGUUGUACAACCGCUUCGCCAAUGACCGCACCACCAUGCCCACCGCCAACAUCAUCCGCAGCUUCAAGAAUGAAGACUCACCUCCCUGCAGUUUGGGUAGUGGAGGGGUGAGACGACACCCUUUGCUCUUCAACGUACCCUUCCCCCAACAUGAACGCAUCACCGCCGCAGAGCUGCGUCUCUACACCAUGGUUCAGACCGACCGCAAUUUCUACGCCGGGGUCGACCGUAAGGUCACCAUCUAUGAGCUGGAGCAGCAGAAUGGAACAGGGGCGAACAAUAGAACAGGGGAGGACAACAGAACAGGGGAGGACAACAGAACAGGGGAGGACAACAGAACAGAGUUAGUAGAGCUGGCAUCACGGCAGGUCUAUGGUACUGAUAGUGGCUGGGAGGCCUUUGACCUGACCGCUGCUGUCCAACGCUGGUGCAAGUCAGAGUACGGCACAACCCACAGGCUGGAGGUGCACAUAGCAAGCCUGGCCUCUGAGGGGAAUGGAGGGCAGGCACUGGCAGAGGGCGAAGGAGAAGGAGAGGAAGAGGGGAGGAGGACAUUUAGGGAAGACAUGGAAAUAGACACCAGCCCACAGGACAAACACAAACCCCUGAUGAUCGUCUUCUCCAAUGACCAGAGCGGUGAUCACCGUGACGACAAGCAGGAGCUGAACGAGAUGAUUGGACACGAGACUUCGGAGGCUGUGCUUCAGGGUGACUUGGGGCUGGGGCUGAAUGGACUAUGGGGGGAGCUGAGCCGGGUUGAGGGCCAGGAAGAGCAGGACGAAGAGGCCCUGAUCCAGAUGCCCUCUAACCUAAUCUAUGACACAGCCUCUAGGAUCCGCCGCAACGCCAAGGGCAACCAGUGCUUGAGACAGUCCCUCUAUGUGGAGUUUGACGACAUUGGCUGGGACAGCUGGAUCCUAGCACCGGCUGGGUACGAGGCCUUUGAGAGCAGCGGCGUCUGCACAUAUCCACUGACCGAACACGUGACGCCCACCAAGCACGCCAUCGUCCAGACACUGGUGAGCAUGAAGAGCCCGCAGAGGGUGGUGCGAGCAUGCUGUGUGCCCACCAAGCUGGAUCCCAUCUCCCUGCUUUACCUGGAUGACACAGGAGUGGUCACGUACAAGUAUAAGUUCGAGGGCAUGGUAGUGGCAGAGUGUGGCUGCAGAUAG